AUGUCAUCGACUUUUCUCCGCAAGCGAACUUUCAUCUUUGCAGAGGACGAGGAGGAGGAUGUCGGAGCAUUCCCCCCUUCGCCGUCGAAGCGCAGGUCGACCCUUGUUAUGUCCUCGCAGCAGGCUAGCUUUGACCUGAAGCCUGUGGCAGCGCCCAACUUCCAUAUUUUUGCUGCUUCUGCUGCUGCUGCUGACCUGGGCAGUGACCAGAGGGAAGAGCGCGACACUAGUGAUGACUCCCAGGCACCCUCUUCGUCGACUAGUAAUGCCUCGACUGAAUUGUCGCCAAUUGCCUGUUCCACGACAUUAUCAUCGUCCUCAGCCACUAGCGAGAAGGAGGGGACGACGCCACCGUUGAAGAUGAAAAUGGGCCUAUCAGACGGACCAAUCACGCCACCCAGCACACCGACUCGCGCAACAUCAACAAAGAGGACUUCCCGUCCUUCGUUGCCGACUAGGACUUCUUCUUCCUCAAAAUUGGUUGUCUACUGCGAUAACGAUGAUAUUGAAAACACACACAACACCACUGACUCUCCUGUGGCAUUGGCUCCUACUGGUACACCCCGAAGGUCAAGACGGUCUGGGUUGUUGACCCCUCUUGAUGCGUCCCCCUCGAGCUCCUCUCCUGCGCUCAACGCGUCCAAGGGCAACAACAACCAGACUACCGGAUUGACGCCUGCUUUGAACAAGAUGAUGAAACCCACCAAAGACGUGAUGGAUGCAAACAGCAAGGCUACAAAGGGAAGGAAGGUAGGCAAGGGCGCACAGGACGAGAACGCAAACGACGAGAAUGCCAUUCCCAGCAAGGCGCAACAAGGUUAUUCGACUCCGAAGCGCCUUCAGAGGACUACAUCGCACCAGAAUGUCACUCUCCCCCUCAGCCAAGGAAAGGCCAACUCGACUGCUUCCUCUCGUGCGACUUCACCCAGCCUCUCGACUGGAUCUGCUCCCACUUCAACUGCUCCCAAGUCAACAACUCUCGGAUACUACCAGGAUGCCAAGGCACUGUUCAGAAGGACCACUGAGCCCCAUCGCCUAGUCGGACGCGUAGCUGAACGUGAGACAAUCAGGACUUUUUGCCAGAACCAUAUCCUGACAGCCAAGGCGGGCUCCCUCUAUAUCUCUGGUCAGCCUGGAACUGGAAAGACGGCGCUCUUGAAGGAGGUCAUGCGUGACAUGGAGGGAGAGAUGCAGUCGGCUGAUCAUGAAAUCAAAACCAUCAUGAUCAACUGUAUGACCAUCAAGGAUCCUCGACUCGUCUACGCAAAGAUGCUUGAGGAGAUGGGUUAUGUUGCUGAGUCCAAGGACAAGGAGACUGUCAUCAAGACUCUCGAGACUUUGGUUCUGGACAACAAGAAGAAGGCUGUCAUGUUCGUUGCAAUUCUUGAUGAGAUUGACCAACUGCUGACCAAGGACCAGGAGGUGCUCUACAAGCUAUUCCAGUGGUCCACCACCGAAGGAUCUCGGCUGACCUUGGUCGGUAUAGCCAACGCGUUGGACAUGACGGACCGAUUCUUGCCUAGACUCAAGGCUAGAAACUGCGAGCCUCAGCUGCUGAACUUUAAUCCGUACCAGGUUGCAGAGAUCCGUGACAUCAUCAUGGACCGCCUGUUCUCUGUCGAGGACUCCAACAAGGCCGAUGAACGCGACGAAAAUGGAAAGCCUCGUGUUGCUCCGUUGAUGCAGCGUCCCGCUAUUGAACUCUGUGCGCGUAAAGUGGCCGCUGCUACGGGUGAUUUGAGGAAGGCUCUUGAUAUCUGUCGUCAGACGAUCGAGAUGGUGGAGGUUGAGACCAAGAAGAAGGAGAGAGCCCAGCAGCAACAGCAACAAGGACGGCCCUCGGCGCUCGCGCCGUUGAGCGAGAUUCGACUUGCUGAUUUGGAGAACAGGGCCGCGGGAGGUGCAGACCGUGCAUCGCUUGUACGCCGUUCAACUACGGGCUCGAUGGCAGAGCUGACGGGUGCCCAAGAUGGCUCUGGUCCGAUCACACUCCAGGAUGCACCCAAGGUGACGGUAGCGCAUGUUCAAAAGGCACUUGCGUCCGCAUUCGGGUCGCCUUUGGUGCAGAAGAUGAAGGGACUGAAUGUCCAUCAACAGAUUAUCCUGACGGUGUUGGUGAUGAAGAUCAAGGGCGGUAAGACUGUCGACUGUGAGGUGGGCAAGGUGUUUGAUCACUUUACGAGCACAUGCCGAUCGAGCAACAAGAUUGGAGCGUUGAGCCGAGGCGAGUACCAGGAUCUGAUCAACAUGCUGGAGGCCAACGGAUUGAUCACUCUGGGCAAGGCCAAGGAGGACCGCCUUCGCAAGAUUGGACUGGUUCCUAGGGAGAGCGAGGUCCUGGACGCGAUCAAGGGCCAGGAUAUCCUGGACACGAUCGUCACCAAGGCCGGUCUCAAGCCCGCCGUGACCUCUGAGCUCUAA